AAUUCCAGCUCCGUAUCUCUCUCAAAUGUUAUGAUGUUUAGAGAAGCAAAACUUGUGGUGUUUGCGCUCUUCCACACUUUCUUGCUUGCAAUUUGUGCUGCUAAUGGAAACCAGACUUGCCGGCCCUCUUCUUGUGGGGAUAUUCAAAACAUCAGCUGCCCUUUCCGAUUGAAAGGUGAUCCGUCCUGGUGUGGUGACUCUGACCAUGAAUUGGUCUGCGAAAACAAUCGUACUAUGGUAAACUUCUGGGAGGGUGAGAAAUACUAUGUUGCUGAUAUCAACUACGAUCACUAUACCAUUCGGGUAGUGGAUCCUGGGGUGAAAAAGGGCAACUGUUUCUCAACUCCUCUCUAUUCCUCGUCAUUUUACAGCUUUGAGUCAAAUUAUUAUCGGGUACUGGGAGUGACCAAUACAACGGUUUUGAUGAACUGCGAGCAGCCAAUAAGUGAUAGCAACUAUAUUCCUAUCACUCCUUGCAACAGAAGCGAUGUGACUUCACCUUCCUCACAAGCAUAUGUUUAUGCACUAGUCAGCGGAGGAGACUCCCUGCUGGUGAAUGAUACUAAGUAUUCAUGCACCAUUAGCAGGACUAUUAUUACUCAAUCCUUGAAGCCCGGCAAUCUUUCAAUGUCAGAUUUGCAAGAAGUAUUGCUUCUGGGGCUUGAUCUUUCAGUGUCAGACUUCGGUUGCGAAAGCGAAUGCUUUGCGAAAGGGCUAAGCUGCUUAGUAGAUUUUCCCAUACAAUGCAUCAAGGGCUACUCCAGGAAUUGGUUCUCUGAUUAUUUGGAAUCUUUAAGGGAUGGGAGGACCUUUUCAAUCAAAGGCUUGAAAGAAUAUGAUGAUGAGUAUUACUAUUAUUAUGAAUCUGCACUUUACGCUGGUUGGUUAAUGAGAUGCAUAGCCAUGAUCAUCAUCGGGAGGAACGUACUUGGUAUAUUGUGUCUGCUUGUCUAUUUAAUCUACAAGUUUCGACGAAGACACUUAUCAUUGGAUGAUGGUAUUGAAGAAUUUUUACAUAGCCAUAAAAAUCUUCAGCCAAUCAAGUACUCAUAUUCAGAGCUAAAAAAGAUGACUCAUAAUUUUAAGAAUAAAUUAGGUCAAGGAGGUUUUGGCUCUGUGUACAAAGGAAAACUCCGAAGUGGACGCAUUGUGGCUGUAAAAAUGUUAGUUAUGUCAAAAGCUAAUGGGCAAGAUUUCAUCAAUGAAGUUGCUACAAUCGGAAGGAUUCAUCAUGUUAAUGUGGUGAGACUUGUUGGAUUUUGUAUACAGGGAUCAAAAUGGGCUCUUGUAUAUGACUUCAUGCCCAAUGGAUCUCUUGAUAAGUUUGUUUUUCUUGACCAAGGAAACAACAUUCCUUUGAGUUGGGAAAGAUUAUACAAGAUUGCACUUGGAGUGGCACGUGGGAUUGAAUACUUACAUCAAGGAUGUGACAUGCAAAUUCUCCAUUUUGAUAUCAAGCCACACAACAUUCUUCUUGAUGAAGACUUCACACCAAAAGUUUCAGAUUUUGGUCUUGCAAAAUUAUAUUCAAUAGAUGACAGUAUUGUAUCCAUCACUGCUGCUAGAGGAACCUUGGGCUACAUUGCUGCCGAAUUGUUCUACAAAAACCUUGGAGGUGUAUCAUUUAAGGCAGAUGUUUAUAGUUUUGGAAUGUUGUUAUUGGAAAUGGUAGGGAAAAGGAAGAAUGUGAAUGCAUUUGCAGAACAUUCUAGUCAAAUAUAUUUCCCAUCAUGGAUUUAUAAUAGAUAUGAUCAAGGAGAGGACAUGGAAAUGGGAGAUGCCACUGAGGAUGAAAAAAAGUAUGUAAGGAAAAUGGUGAUAGUUGCGCUAUGGUGUAUACAAAUGAAGCCCGUGGAUCGUCCUUCAAUGAGCAAAACAUUGGAGAUGCUUGAAGGAGAGGUUGAACUCUUGAAAAUGCCUCCUAAGCCAACUCUAUGGUCUAUCGAGAAUCAUGAGCAAUCCAUGGUAGAGGUACCAAUUUCAUCAUCCAAUUCCAUGGGUACAAUCAGCUUAAAUGGAAGGUAGUCCUACUCCAUCCAGUUGCUUAUUUUGUAAUCCAAUAAUAAAGUGUGAUUGUGUUUUAUGUGUAAGGUUUCUAUGAGAUCAGUGUAUGUAAUAAAAUAAAGUUUCUUCUUCAAACAGUAGUUUGGUUUCUUGUAAGUAAGGUUAUGUACAAGUAAUAAAAUAUCAUUUUAGAUGUUUGAA